AUGAGAACGGACCACCACGAACCACCGGACAGUGUGCACGAGGAAUCUCUAUCUUUUACAGUUGGUGGGGAAAUACAGAGGGCGAAAAUGCCGUCGCACGCGGAUCUAGAUCGACAGAUAGAGCAGCUGAUGGAGUGCAAGCCGUUGACGGAAUCGGAGGUAAAAACGCUUUGUGAGCAGGCCAGGACCAUACUUGUCGAGGAAUGGAAUGUGCAGCCGGUGAAGUGUCCGGUGACGGUGUGCGGUGAUAUUCAUGGUCAAUUUUACGAUCUGGUUGAGCUGUUUCGGAUUGGUGGAAAUCCCCCUGAUACGAAUUAUCUCUUCAUGGGAGAUUAUGUUGAUCGCGGGUAUUAUUCAGUGGAAACUGUCACACUCUUGGUGGCUCUAAAAGUUCGUUAUAGAGACAGGCUUACAAUUCUUAGAGGAAAUCAUGAAAGUCGCCAAAUUACUCAAGUAUAUGGUUUCUAUGAUGAAUGUUUGAGGAAAUACGGAAAUGCAAAUGUCUGGAAGCAUUUCACAGACCUUUUCGAUUACUUACCUCUUACAGCACUCAUUGAAAGCCAGAUCUUUUGCUUACAUGGCGGGCUUUCACCUUCAUUGGAUACUCUAGACAAUAUCCGCGCCUUGGACCGAAUCCAAGAGGUCCCACAUGAAGGGCCGAUGUGUGAUCUGUUAUGGUCUGAUCCAGAUGACAGAUGUGGGUGGGGGAUAUCGCCACGUGGCGCAGGGUAUACAUUUGGACAAGACAUAGCAACACAGUUUAAUCAUACGAAUGGCCUCUCUCUCAUCUCAAGAGCACACCAGCUUGUAAUGGAUGGUUUCAACUGGUGCCAGGAUAAAAAUGUGGUGACAGUAUUUAGUGCACCAAACUACUGUUAUCGGUGUGGAAACAUGGCGGCUAUUUUGGAAAUUGGUGACAACAUGGAACAAAACUUUCUUCAGUUUGAGCCAGCCCCGAAGCAAAUCGAACCCCAUACUUCUCGAAAGACACCUGAUUAUUUUUUAUAAUUAUUACUAUUUUACCCCUCAGAGUUGGUCUUUUUUACUUGUGAUGGUUCUAUGUUUGGAAUCAUUCAUGAAUCAUGGUGUUGUUGAGAAAGAGAAACACAUGUUUUUUUGUAUAUGUUUUUCAGAGAAGGGUAAGAUGGUAAAUUUGUAUGAUGGAGGUAUGUUAUGUCAAUUGUCACAUGUGUAUCCAUUGGCAUGGGAAUUAAUAGAAACUAAAGAGAUAGGGUGUUUAUGCUCGAGAUUAUAUUUUCAUUCUUUCUAUUAUAGUAGUGUACUUUUAUUUAUUAUUAUUAUUUUUUUUUCAUAUUAAGACAUUGUACUUUUUUUAAAAAC